GAGUAUUGUGGCUUAUUGACAUCUAUUUCCCUUUGAGGUUCCUGAGAUACCGCCCGUCGUUGAAUCCUCGUAACAUCGCUCGCGUUCGCCGUCAAGACUAGCGGUUCAAGCCACAUCAAGUGAGUGUUCCGUCGAAACUAUGCACCUUUAUGUAUGCCAUCCAGGCUUUUUGAAAAAUUCCCGUCGAGGAAUGAUGCUGGAUGCGCUCUUGAACUUUUGGAUGACGCUAAUACAUACCCUUUUUCAGCCGGCCCUCUCGUUUUAACGCCUUCACUCGACAAAUAUGAUUAUUUCCAAGGAGAACCGCCGAAAGAUCUAUGAGAACCUCUUCAAAGAGGGUGUCCUUGUUGCUAAGAAGGACUACAAUGCUGCGUCCCACGAGGAGCUCAAGGACGUUCCCAACUUGCAAGUAAUCAAGGCGCUUCAAAGCCUUACCUCGCAAGGCUACGUUAAGACCCGUUUCUCGUGGCAAUGGUACUACUAUACCCUCACACCCGAAGGUGUUGAGCAUCUCCGAGAAUGGCUGCACCUUCCCGCUGAAAUCGUCCCCGCCACUCACAAAAAGGCCGCCAGGCCACCCCGCCCUGCAACUGUUCGUCCAGGAGGAGGAGAGUACCGUGCGCCUCGCGGUGACCGUGAUGACUACCGCAAAAAGGAGAGUGCUGGAGGUGAUUUCAGGCCCUCAUUCGUCGGCGGCGUUGGUCGUGGAGCUCCCAGGGAGUAAAGGGCGGAUCUGUGGUCGUAUCUCUUCCUUAUUACAUGCAAUGCACCUUUGACCAUCUAUGUUCUUCUGGCUGUCUCUAAGGUAUCGCGGGCCACCUAUGUAGAAUGCCAGAAGUCUUGAGACUCGAAAUACCAGGAACUACGUCUUGCUGUCUUGCCAAUGAGGGAGAACCCGGUUUUAUUUGCCGGUGCCCCAACGAAACCUCUAGGGUAUUCAGACUACCAAAAAUACAGAAAUGUAUGAGUUUGGCGCUACAGGCAAUGUCCCAGCAUAAGUGAUGUACUGGGGGUCUAUGAAUUGGAAGUACGAUGGAGGCAUAACGCGAAAAGAAAGUUCGAAGUGUACAAUUUCAUUCUGAUACAAUUUAUAUCUACAGUUAAACUAUGCGUACACUUUC